AUGGCAUCUAUAGGGAAACCAAAUCUCGAGGACGGGAGACGCACCAAUGGUUCUCCAAAGCUGAAGGGGCGCGAAAAUGCAAAGGAUACGCUCUGUCGCAAUGUGACGAUAUACGGCAGGUGUCGAUAUGAGGAUAAAGGCUCGGAUAGCUCAUGUCUCGGUAGCAGUGGCGCCGGCGUCAAGCAGAAACGGUUGAACGUUGAGUCGCCCAGUUUCACUCCCUCGACCACUCCCAGCAACGGUGUCGUCACCACGGCCGUUACCGCAAAGAAGCCGGCGACGUUGUCUCCCAAGGCUGCCGGUGCCGCACCUUUUCUUCCCAAGGCCGCGCUCUCUCGUGCAAACUCGGGGGUAUCUCAGCUACGUCAAGAAGCUGGAACUCCGGAAUGGGGCUUGACGGACGUGCCUGACUUUGUGCCACAGCGUUUUGAGACAGUGGACUCAAUCCAGGCAACGAACAACGGGGUUUUGGCCGCUUCAAGUGCAUUUGACCCGUUUGUCUCCUCGACAACAUCACUAGGAAGUGCGGGCGCGGUUGUCACCCACCAGAUUCAGCAGAAUCCCUACGCUCACGACCACGCCGGCAUCGGUGCCACUUCAUACUUCACUUCCCAAAACACCUUUCAACAACCAGUUCAAUAUCAUCUUUAUGCCCCGAUUGGACCUCAUAACCAGAACAUUCUUGGAUACCAGCGAAAUGUCCAUGACCUAUUCAUCCCGAAUGACUUUAGAGAAGAGCUGCAGAAGAAGGCAGCCGCUACACUUCAAACCCUGCCUAACUCCCAACUCCCAACUCAGAUUGAUCAUUUCCAUUCCCUUGUCCCUCUUGAUGUGACGCAUCAGAAAAAUGCAACUAUUUUCGGUUACCCUAGCUGGGUAUAUAAAGCGCAGUCAAGCAAGGACGGCAACUUCUACGCCCUCCGACGAUUGGAAGGCUUCCGAUUAACCAAUGAAAAGGCUAUCCGAUGCGUCCAAAGCUGGAAGCGUCAUGACGCACAACGCUCCAUCGCCGACCUACAAAGUAACGACAUGGUCAGUUUUGGCCAGCUGAUCCUCACGCUCGGGGCUAGCUCGCUAGCUCAUAACCCCACAAAGGCGCUAGAGCAUUUCUCCCGUGCCUACAGUCCACAACUAUAUAACUCCGUCUUUUGGCUUCUAGGCGCUGGACCAUCCAAGGACCCCCAACAUCCCCCCACAGACCGAUCCAUCGAUGUUUUCAUCACCGGCAUAUCCUCUCAACUUAUCUCUACCUUUGACUCCUCUCUCCACGUCGACGACGAGUUAACCUACGACCUAAGCCGGGAACUUGAAAACGCACGCCUUGUCCGCCUCCUCACCAAGCUCAAUUUCAUCACGGAAAGACCGGAAUACGAUCAUGAUCGCCACUGGUCAGAGAAUGGGGAGCGGUAUUUCCUGAAGCUCUUUAGAGACUAUGUCUUCCAUCAGGUUGAUGCGCAAAACGCCCCUGUCGUAGACCUGGGCCACGUGUUGACUUGUUUGAAUAAACUUGAUGCCGGAAGCGACGAGAAGGUGACGUUGAUCAGCAGGGAUGAACAGAGCUGUUUUGUAGUUAGCUAUAAAGAGCUUAAGAAGGGAGUCGAGAUGUCGUUCCAGGCGUUGAUGAAACGGCGGUAA